UUUUGUUUGAACAUUAAAUAUUCUUUUCAUCUGUCCUCAAUAAAUAAAUAUCUCCAUUUCCAAGAUUGGCCACCAGCAAACACCAUGUAUUCUUCUCAUUCCCAAGACUACCCUCCAAAACAAACAUCGCCACCACCAUCAGCUCCUCCGCAAUCAUAUUACCAACCACCGGCACCACCACAAUCCAAUUACGAACCACCGCAGUAUGCCACAGGUAUUCCGGUGGGUCAUAAACCCAUCAACGAGAAAUGGUCCAGCAGCCUUUGUGCCUGCUGCUCCGAUGUCCCCAACUGUUGCUUAACAUGUUGGUGUCCAUGCAUUACUUUCGGACAAAUAGCUGAGAUCAUUGACAAAGGAAACACUUCCUGUGGAGUACAAGGGGCUCUCUAUGCAAUUAUUUCAGCAUUCACAUGUUGUGGAUGUUUGUAUUCUUGUGUAUUUCGGAGCAAGAUGAGGAGCCAAUAUGGACUACGUGAGACUCCUUGCAACGAUUGUCUUGUUCAUUGGUGUUGUGAACCAUGUGCCUUGUGUCAAGAGUAUCGUGAGCUUAAACAUCGUGGAUUUGACAUAUCUAUUGGAUGGCAAGGUAACAUGGAGAGACAAAAUCAUGGAGUACAAAUGCCACCUAUGGCUCCAGGAGGAAUGUACCGUUAAUUAAGAUACCUAUUCAUUACUUCAUUCUGGAGAAACCGAAGAUUAAUUUAAAGAUAAACAACAUAGUUGUUUUUUUUAGAAGAUCACCAAAUCGUUGGUAAAUAUUUUUUGCUUAGCGUAUUGAAUUUUAUCGUGUUGUAGUAAUGUGUAACUUAAUUGUUAGUUGUAUUCAAAUUUAUUCUGUUAUACAAGUAUUGGUUUCGUAUUUACACA